UUUAGUUACUUCCGGUACCGAGCAGUUGACAACUUUGUGGACAAACAAGACAAACAGAGAAACCUGGGUUGAGUUUGUUAUGUUGGCGAGGUUCGGAGUUGUUUGGAGGCCGACGUGGAAGAAGAGUAGCUCAUGAUAUUUUUCAUACUGACCGUGAACUGAACACGGAACCGGGGACAGGCACGGGGAUCAUUUGCAACCGACGCACUGCGCAACGCCUCUUCUUAAACGAAACUGGACAGUGGAGCAGCAGCCGCAGGCCGGGAGCACCCAGGUCCUCAGAGGUCGUUCACUUUGACCCCCGGUGAUCCAUCUUCAGUUCGGGAUAUUCACGUUCUUCAAACCCCGAAAAGAAAAAAUGAACUUUGCAUCUGGGAGACUUCAUCGCUGGUAUCCACCCCGUCACCACCCCCUCAAGAAGAAGAAGACCCUGUGACCUGUGAUCCCUGGGAAAGCAGGGUGCAGUGACUGUCAGACAGGGGGAACAGGAUUUUAAUAAGACCUGCAGGAUGGCCCAGUCAGACAGCAAGGUGCUGGUUCUGGGAGCACUGGCUGGAGUGGCUGGGAUCAGUCUGGCUGUGGUGUGUUACCGGGAAUUCAGGUCGAGACGAAGAGCCUCAUGUCCCGGGUUCUACCUCAGCCGCACUAACGAACACAGCCCUGGCCUCAUGCUGGUGGACGGUCCGGGUCUGCCCGUGGGUCAGGCCGAGGUGCUGGAUCGCCUCGAGGCCCUGAUCCAGUGCGUGUCGGAGCUGAAGGACGAGAUGAAGGCGCUGAAGAACGCUCUGCCGACGCUGCAGGACCAGGUCAGGGAGGAGCUGAGGGGACGCGACGAAGCACGGCGAGCCAGCCCUCUGCACAGGACCACGCCGACACGGAGGAAAAGAACCGCAGGCAGCGUCACCGCCACCAGAGCUGGAGGCCGGAGCUCAGAGGAGGCAGAGAGCGAGGGGGGGUACAUGACUGCACUGACAGACUCUGAGGAAGAAGAGGAGCGAAGUGAUGCUGAACAGAGGGAUGAAGAACAACCGGUGGACAGGUUAUCCGUCCUGCUUGAGAGGAUCGACGGCCUGCAUCAGGGCACCGAAUCUGACAAAAGGGAAAGUCUCAACAUCCUGUUGGAGCAGCGAGAGGAGUUUGGACAGAACUCGCCGUUUCUUUGGCGGCUGAUCCGAGCUUACUGCGAUGUCCAUGACGUCAGCUUCACUCUGGAGGAGAAGAAGACCCACGCAGAAGCUGGGAAGAAAGUCGGCGAGGUGGCGGUGAGCCUGAACCCCACAUGUGCUGAAAGUCACCAGUGGUACGCCAUCAUGUGCGGGAUCAUGGCUGAAUAUGAUACGGUGCAGAACAAGAUAAAGAACGGAUACAUCUUUAAGGAUCACCUGGAUAAAGCCAUCGAGCUGAAGCCGCAAGACCCCAUGUCCUACUACCUGUUGGGCCGCUGGUGCUACGCUGUGGCUCAGUUAUCGUGGAUCGAGAGGAAAGUCGCAGCCACGUUAUUUGGAGAACCUCCGAGCGCCACAGUUGAAGAUGCACUGAGGAAUUUUCUCAAGGUUGAGGAGAUCCAGCCGGCGUACUCUAAACUCAACUAUGUGUUUCUAGCUAAGUGCUACAAAGACCUGGGGCAGAGGGAAAAAGCCAAGAUGAUGUGUGAAGCUGCUUGUUCCAUGAACGCCGUCUCCAAAGAGGAUGAAGAGGCACAAAAGGAGCUGGACGUGCUCUUCCCAGCGCUCGGAGUGUGACGACACAGCACGGUAGCACCGUGGUCCAGAAAUGUAUUUUUCCAUGUGCUGUGAGUGUGUGUGAGUGAGUGUGUGUGGAUAUAUAGUGUGUACUGGGAUAAUAAUUCACUCUGUGAGUGGAGGGAGGUGUGAUGUGGCAUUGUAUCACCAAUGGGAGCAACAGGCUGCCGCUGUCAGAGCCAUCCUCUGUGCUUUUAAAUCAGACUUUUAUUCUAAUUUUUAACAGUGGAAAACAGACUUCUCGUACCUGGUUGUACUAAAUCAGUGAGAUGGUUUGUCUUCCUUCUCUCAAAUGAGUAGUAAAUUAUAGUAAGUUAAGUGUGAUUGUUAGUGUAUCUAUAUCUGUUCCUGUCUGCGCAGCAGAGCGUAGCAAAUGUUCUCUCCGAAACCCGAUCGCUCCGAGUUUUCCCGACAACAAAGACCUGUCACUUUUUGGGAAAGUGACCCACACGGGACUGGCUGUUCCUUCCUCUUCCGUCCUGUUUUUUGUUGUGUCUCCCACCACACAUCCAAAACGGCAAUAACAAAAGCGUGUCAGACAAUGGCGCACACCCAAACAAAGAUCUUGGAAUGCCGUGACCACCGGACGACCUCUUGCCCUCAGACCGGAGUUAAUGCUCGCCAGCUUCGUUUACAUGCCGACUUUAAUCAGGCUGUAAACACUUUCAUCUUCUCUUUCAUGAGCUCUAAUGCACUCAGCUCCUGUGACUUUUUACCAUUUACUCUCAACUGUUAGUGCGACUUUUCGCACAUCAGUAUACAGCCUGUUCAAGGUGGGAAUUUUGCGCGAUUAUUCCGGCUCGUCAUUCUGUAAAAAAGCUACAAAGUUGGAAUUUAGAGGCGUUGUUCUUCCUGAUCACGUUUUCUCAUGUGAUUAAUUCUCACACACAACAUGAAAAAAGCGAUAGCGAGUAAAUUUUUAUUUUUUCGGAAGGAGGUUGAAGUCUUUCGUCGUCUGCAUCCUCAGAUGCAGCGUUCGCACCCCCAGCAAAACCUCAGGUCCCGUAUAUUUGCAGGCGAGUAUUUAGCACUUUCACAUUCUUUAUUCGUGUCGCACUGUACGUGAAAAGACCUCAAAGCCGGCAGUGGAAGAUAACUAAAGUCGAGUUUGGUAGAGCGUGGUAGAUUAUUGACCUACGAUGAUUGAGGCGUUGUGUUGCAUGGGAUAUGUCGCCAGUUCGUGAUUCUGCGAUGCUAUCACAUGAUCUAAAAUCGCAACACGGGGCGGGGACGUUGUUUCACAUGGUUCAGUGUAAAGAAGCAAAGGCGGCGUAAUCAAGGGUUUUAUUAAUGACAAUAUCACACAAAUCUGUUUAAGAGAAACUAAUAUAUCACAGCACGCACAGGUGUUUUUGUUUCGUUGGAAACUUUCAGGAAGGUUUUGGAUUUUCCACGUUCCUUCUCGGAGCUCUGACUCCCUUAAUAUUUUAUUUUAUCAUUUGUAAAUCUUUUAUUGAGACAUCUGUUUUAAUAUAAACUUUACCAAUGUCAAAAAAAAGAAGCUUGAACUUGAACCACUCAAACUGGAUAAAGCAAGUUAAAAAAAAGUUAAUGAGUUAAAUGUUUAUAGAAGGCUCCAGUUACACUUUAUAUAUACAGCUGCUAAUUAUCCUGGUUUAGCCUCAAUUAGGGUUUUACUCGAGUUUCAAUUAAUGUAGAAAACACCUACAUGGUGAACAAUUUCUCAUACCUGAAUCAACAAAAUAUAAUGAUCAGGCUUCAUUAUGUAAAUCAAGUCAAUGAGACGACACAAAGGGAAAGUUGUGUUUUUUUUUUUUUUGCAGUCUACUUUUAGUUCUAGUAAAAUUAAUGAAUAAAGCAGCGGAGGCCGACGUGGUCGUGCAUUUGAUUCCAUUCCAGGUCAGAUAAUGCCACUAAAACGUGAAGAAAUGGUUGAAUAUUUAAUAAUUAUUUAGGCAUUCCUUAUUGUUAUGUGAAUGUUUGUCCUCAGUCUUUUUAAGUGUGAUGUGUAUCGUGUGAAAACUUUAGUUUUGUUUACUCUGCAGAUUUUAUCAAUUUACAGUCCGGUUAACCGACCACCUGCAUUGUGAUAAUUGUUUUUAUUUGUCACUUUACAGAUUUUUCUACCAGCAUUAUGAAUGUAUUUGAUUUUUUUUUUUUUUUUCAAAUCCCAAAUCAAGAAAAAAAUAUUCAUCAAAUCUAACACACUACAUAGAGAUUAUACUGUACAGUAUCAUAGGCCGUGUGCACUGAAUGAUUAAUGGUACUGGAGACUAUAAUUAAAUCUGUGCAAUUCUGA